UUCAGUUUCAGGUUUUUAUUUCACUUCAGUUUCAUUUUCAAGGAUUUUGUCAGUGUCAUUCUCAAACAGGCGAGGUUGCUUCCAAUCGAAAAAUGUUUUUGGGUUUUAAGUGCAGUGAAAUGGCAAUUUGAAAUGUUUUUAUCAUUAAACAAAUCAGUGAACACUAGUUUAAUGUCGUGUUUAUUGAUUUUAACUCAUUAAUUUGUUUCUAUACAAAUGAAAAUUUGAAGUGGCUACAGUUUUCAGGGAUUCUUAGAAUAAGCUAAAGCUUUUUGCCUUUCUACAUUAUUUAAAUGUUAUCAAUGAUUGGGGGCUUAAAUUCAUAUAAUUUAUUGAGGACAUGUACCUUAUAAACCAUUUCCAUUCGUGCUUUUCAUCGUUUUCAAAAGAUUACGGACCACGCUUCUCUGGCGAUGAACACUUGAUUGCGCAAUGGAGCAGCGAGAUGGAUGGCGCGGCGCAGCAGAGUCUGGUUUGGGCACGUCCGAGAAUGCGACCGACCCAACGGCCGAGGAACGCGACCGCGUCCGCAUCGAAUUCUACGCCACCUACGAUGUCAUGACCGGUGUGCGAAUAGCCGCUACACUUGGUGGCUUCUUCGCCUUAAUGGUCUUUUUGGUCGUUUACAAAAGUCGAAGCAAAUCUGUUAAAGCUCUAAAUGACCCCAAACUAGUAGAACUAGCGGAGGCGGUGGUAGCCGAAGAAGAAGCGGUGGAGGAAGAAAGACAGCUCACGGCAGCUUUAGAAGACGCUAUUGCUGAGCGGGCCCGUUCACGACCAUCGCUAGGUGAAGUUCCCCCGUGGCCACGCACAGCACGCUUCGCGUCAUACGGUGGAGGGUAUGGCAGUCUCCUAGCACCUUCCCGACGUCUGUCAACGCUCAGGGGUGACUCCUUGCCAGCAUCGGCGUUGAGGUUUGCUGAGAGGCGAGCGUCAGGUGGGAUGAGAGACCGUCGCCUGAGUUCCGCCACCUGUUCUAGCUCUGGAAGUUCGUAUUUAGAACGACGUGCUUCUUCAGUAGUAUGCGCACUACCAGAGCGUCGACUGUCACCAUGCCCGAGUGAGCGUUUAGCACCUUUAGCAUCAGUAGGGAGUGUUGGACCAUCGUUUGCAGUAGAAUGUGAACUUGUAUCUAUGGGUGCAGACUCUGUGUUCGCCGAAGAUGAGGUAGACUCCACAGACGAUGAAGUGGAACAGUUCUCAACUGAUAGUGGUGGUGGUGCAGAAUGUGCAGCCGCUGCUGAUUCCACUGAGUUGACAAGUCGACCAAGAACACUGCCACCAAGAAUCGAAAACUCCUCGCACUCGCGAGAAACAUUGUUCUAGUCGACCGUUGAUUGAAUUUCCGGUCAGUGUUAACGAUUUUAUUGGCCACGUUAAAAUAUCGGUAUUCUAAACCAAAAGGUAGUUUUUAAAGUACACACACUGCGCAGGUUUGAUUAGGUUAGGUAGGUACCUAAACCAACUGUAGUAUUUUAAGUAUUAUGGAAAAGAGUACUAAUAAGGUAGGUACUAAUUGUGUUGGUAGUAAGUUUGUGCCAAUACUUACUUGUGAGACUAUUCUUAUUUAGUAACAUAUCAUAAAAAUACGAUCUAAGAACAUAGUUAAGUAUAUCCUUCUAUUUGGAUAUGUCUUCAAAUGACCUACAAUUGAUUAAAAGGGUAUGCAAAGUGUAAAUCUUCUAAGACAUAACAAGUGCAUAAUUAUAUAGAUACGUAAAAGAAAAAAAAAACUGAAAAUUUUAUAGGGAUGAAAAACUAAGUCCCUGAUAUACCUACUUACCGAAAUUAAAGGUAGGAUUUUAGUUGCCGUUAUCGAUAGAAAAUUUGGAAGCACGACAGUGCUUAAGUCGAACUUUGAUGCGACUGGUUUAAAAUUACGAUAUUUUAACAGGGUCAAAAAUAGUGUGUUGUACAUAUAGGUACUUGUAAUUUUGUUUUUGUUAAUGAUUAAUGUUUUUCAAUGUUAAUAUUUUGAGACCACCUAGAAUCAGGAGAUAAGCAAAGUUUGAAUCUUCUAAUGUUUCUCUACAUGAGGCUAUUUGGUUAUUAUCUGUAAUAAUCACCACUUAGUGUUCUAUAUAAGUACUUACCAACAAGGUACUGACCUACCGAAUUAGUCAUUUAUAGGCACUUUUAAUUACCUACCUACUUGUUUAAUAAUAAAUAAAAAUAGCCAAGUUAGUUUUCGAAGAAUUUUAAAUCUCUUACAACGCCAAUCUAUUUACACGAUUCUCAGACUAUAUACGACAUUCAGGCUCUAACUUCUUAUUUCUGGAAUAGUACCUAAUGGUUGCAGUAACCUACUGUAUGUAUGUAGAUAAUAUAUACUAGGGUAGUUGUCAAUUCAUAUGGAGCAGUGUUGAUUGUUUUAAUGGGUGGAAGGGCACAGAAGACCAAUUCGUCCUUUGAACAAUAAUUAUCGCUCUCUGCGGCCUAAAAUGUUGCUGUUGCGUAUAGCGAGUCACUUAAACUGCCAAGCACUGCUGUUCUUGUUCAGAGUUGCGAACACAAGAAUUUUAUUGAUUCCUGUGUUCCUAAAUACCGCCUCACGGUGUUUUGUGAAUUGCAGUAGUUUGACCACUCGUAAGUCGUUUUUAUUACAAUUUAGAUUUACGUGUUAGUUUAUUGUAACUGUUCGUUGCUCGAAUUAAAAAGAGCUCCUGGUAGCCUGUAAAAUGUUGAAAUGUAUGUAAAAAAUUGUAAAUACAAACGCAUCGUAA